GUUUUGGAUUCCACUUUUCCUCUCAUCUCUCUCACCUUCUUCGCAUCUCUUUCAUACAUUAUCUCCUUCCCCAAACGUGAAUCCCUAAUUUCAUCUGCACGUUCCAAAUCACUAAGACGAUUUCGCCAGGUUACACGAUAUCUCACGAUUCAUCAUCUCGGUUUCUUUCGUAGUAGCUCGUUUCGUAUAAUCUUAACUUCGCUGGUGAAAAUCGGAUAUUUGAUUUUCUUCUUCGUCUCGAUAUUGCUUAUUGUCCCUAUACCACCGCGAUGUCUUCCGUGUCAAGCCAGCCACAGUUUCGAUACACGCAGCCACCUUCAAAGGUUCUUCAUCUGAGAAACUUGCCUUGGGAAUGCACUGAAGACGAGUUGAUUGAACUCGGGAAGCCCUUUGGCACUGUUGUGAAUACAAAGUGCAAUGUUGGAGCCAAUCGGAACCAAGCUUUCAUUGAGUUUGAAGAUUUAAACCAAGCUAUACAGAUGAUCUCGUACUACGCUUCUUCAUCGGACCCUGCUCAAGUUCGAGGUAAAACUGUCUACCUCCAGUACUCCAACAGGCACGAGAUAGUGAACAACAAAACGGCGGCAGAUGUUGUGGGGAAUGUUCUUCUUGUGACAGUUGAAGGAGAUGAUGCUCGCAUGGUCAGCAUUGAUGUCUUGCAUCUGGUAUUCUCAGCCUUUGGGUUUGUCCACAAGAUUACUUUUUUCGAGAAGACAGCUGGAUAUCAGGCACUGGUUCAAUUUUCUGACGCGGAUACUGCAACCUCUGCAAAAACUGCCCUCGAUGGAAGAAACAUCCCUAGUUAUCUACUCCCUGAGGAAGUGGGCCAGUGCUCUCUUAAGAUCACAUAUUCAGCUCAUACAGAUUUGACUGUCAAAUUUCAGAGCCAUCGGAGCAGGGACUAUACUAAUCCUUACCUUCCUGUUGCUCCUUCAGCCAUUGAUAGUACUGGUCAGGUGAUUGUGGGUGUAGACGGAAAGAAGAUGGAGCCUGAAAGUAACGUUCUUCUUGCAUCCAUCGAGAACAUGCAGUAUGCAGUAACUUUGGAUGUUUUACACACGGUUUUUGCAACAUUCGGAGCUGUUCAAAAGAUAGCAAUGUUUGACAAGAACGGUGGGAUGCAAGCAUUGAUUCAAUACCCAGAUGUUCAAACGGCUGUGAUGGCGAAGGGAGCGUUGGAAGGACAUUGUAUUUAUGAUGGUGGAUUUUGUAAGCUGCACAUCACUUACUCACGCCACACCGACCUCAGCAUAAAGGUGAACAACGAUCGAAGCAGAGACUACACGCUGCCUAACCCACCGGAUGUUGUGAUGACUCGACCAUCUGGGCCUUAAUCCAUACCCGGAGCAAUACCAUGAAACGCAAGGUCAGAGUCCUUACAUGGCAGCACCCUCUCCCGGCUCGAUGCAUCAAGGGUCGGGUGGGCAAAUGCGACCACCACAUCAUUAUGGUUAUGAAAAAGAAAGUCAUUAAAAAAGGUCAAAGAAGACGAAGUCGUUUUAUCCUCUCUUACAUUUCUCCUCUCUCCGUGUUAUGUUUAUGGAACACAUUUGUACUUGAGUCCAGAGAAUCAAUGAUCAAAACCAUUCGUUA